AUGGCGCCACUCGCUGAGGUAGACCAUGACAACAUCGAGCGCAAGCUCAAGGACGUAGUCCAGGAGCUCUAUCAAAUCAUGGUCCAAGUCUCCACAUACGACGCAAUGGGCCGUUCAAGCAAAGAGGUCCUCUCGAGCGAAAUCAAAAACCUAUCCCAAGCCCUCCAGGCCCUCCACACCGCGGCCUCGCCCCCCAACCAGCUACCCUCGGUGCCCCCCGAGCUCCUGGACUACGUCGAGAACGGCCGCAACCCGGACAUCUACACCCGCGAGUUCGUCGAGGCCGUCCGCCGCGGCAACCAGCUCCUCAAGGGGAAGCUCCACGCCUUCGGCUCCUUCCGCGACGUCCUCGCGGCCGAGAUGGCCGCCGCCAUGCCCGAGCUGCGCCAGGACGUCGACAGGGUGUGUGAGGCCACGGGCGGGAAGCCCCCCGUGACGGGGGGCGAGGGCGCCGCCGAGGCUGGGGCGUCUGGCGUCGCGCCGCCCAGGGCACAGGAUGCGGCUGCGGCGACGGGCCCUGGCCCUUCUGCGCCUACGCCUACGCCUACACCGGCGCCUUCGUCGGGAGCAUGA